ACUGCUGCUAAUGCAAUGCAAAUAUAAAAAUAAAAAAGCGAUUGUAAUAUUUCAAGUUUUGUUUUAAUUAAUAGAACCAAUAUUUAAAUUUUAAAUGGAUGCAAAGAAAACUAGAGGUAAAGGACGUGGCCGUGGGAGAGGUGGAAGAGGAAGAGGUCGAGGCAGAAAAGCUACACGAAUUGUAUCUUCUGACGACGAAGAAACUCCCCAAGAAACUAUAGAAGAAAUCGUACCAGAUGAAAAUGUAGUUAGCUCCCACAAUGAAAACUUGGUUGAAGCAGGGGCUCCUGAAGAAGACAACAAAGAAAAUGAAAUGCAAGUAAAAUCAGUAGAAGAAAGUCUUACGAGUACCGAUUUACCCGGAGUUAAUAUGACGCCACAACACACAAUUGAUAUGGAAGCUGAUAUUUCUCAAUUAGAGGCUCCAACUUUCACAACUUUAUCAAAACGACCACCAGAACCAAUGCUCCAUUUAAAGUGGGAUCAUAAAGUUUCAUUGAUUGGAGAAAAAGUUUUAAAUCCCAUGAUACAUUGUUGCGAUCAAUGUGAUAAACCAAUAUUAGUUUAUGGGCGUAUGAUUCAAUGUAAGCACGUGUUUUGCUUAAAAUGUGCGAGAGCGGAAGCAAUAAAAAAUUGCCCCAGAUGUAAAGAGAAAGUUAUAAGAGUAGAAGAAUCUGGCUUAGGAUCAGUUUUUAUGUGCAUUCACGGAGGUAGCCGCUAUGGUUCAACUGGAUGUAGACGCACUUAUCUAUCUCAAAGAGAUUUGCAAGCUCAUAUUAAUCACCGCCAUGUUACGCAGCCUCCACCUCCACCUGUUGCAGUAGAUAAAUCUGUAUUAGAAGCUAAAAGUAUGUCCAGGAAGAUUAUCGAGCCCAAUAUUUCAAGCAGCGCCCAAUCACAAGUCAAUCAGCAGAUUCGAUCUCAAGUUGUUGGACAAAUAACUUCUCCAAACAUUUGCAAAAGCCAGUCUUCCAUAGAUUCAUCACGAUCUAUGUCGGGUGUAACUUCAGCAGGAACUAAUCAAAUGUCGUCGUCUUCUAUAAAUAGGUCUGCGCAAAAUCCAAUAAAUCCAUCCAUUCAAGAAGCUCAACAUUCUAUGAGUAAAAUCAGUAUACAGCAACAACCUCAGUUACCAAUGACACAUGUUCAAGCGCCACCUCCACCAAUGACUCCAAUGGUUGCCGCAUUUUAUAGUACCACAUAUCAACCUUCUUAUGGGAUGGCCGCGAACACAUAUAGCGCUCCAACAAUGCAACCAGUAAUGACACAAAACUAUGGAACAAUAUCAUCAGUUCAGCCACCUCCUCAACCUCCCCCACCGAUGGGGCCAAUGCCUAUGCAAGCGAGUCCAAUGCAAAUGCCACCAUCGGCUUGGCAAUUUGGCCAAAUGCAACCUCCGCACUAUGGACAAUUUGACCCAAAUAACCAGUCCCAACCCUGGAAUUCUCAGCAGCAAUAUUUUAGAUAAACCAUA